GCUCUCCGGCCGGGCCUGGGGCCGCCCGGCCCGGCGGGGAUCUGUAGGGAACCGAGGGCGCAGCCUCGCCGCCUCCCCCGGACUCUCCUCUCCGCCCCGCCUGCGUCGCGCCCCCACCACCUCCUCCAGAGAGGGACCUCGGGAGAGGCAGCCCGUGGCCGGCAGGGCUCCGCUCUGCGCGGCGCCGGCAGCGGCGGGGGCAGGGAGCCAACGAGGGAGCCUGCGAGCCCGUGAGCGGAGCGGCGAGGCGGGGUCGCCGAGCUAACUCCAAGCUGGUGUGCCAAGUAUCGGCGCAGUUCCCGGCCCGAGAGCUGGAGUCACCAUGGCGGCUGGAGUUGCAGCCUGGCUGCCCUUCGCCCGGGCUGCGGCCAUUGGGUGGAUGCCCGUGGCCAACUGCCCCAUGCCCCUGGCCCCGGCCGACAAGAACAAGCGGCAGGAUGAGCUGAUCGUCCUCAACGUGAGCGGGCGGCGCUUCCAGACCUGGAGGACCACGCUGGAGCGCUACCCGGACACGCUGCUGGGAAGCACCGAGAAGGAAUUCUUCUUCAACGAGGACACCAAGGAGUAUUUCUUUGACCGGGACCCGGAAGUGUUCCGCUGCGUGCUCAACUUCUACCGCACGGGGAAGCUGCACUACCCGCGCUACGAGUGCAUCUCGGCCUACGACGACGAGCUGGCCUUCUACGGCAUCCUCCCCGAGAUCAUCGGCGACUGCUGCUACGAGGAGUACAAGGACCGCAAGCGCGAGAACGCCGAGCGGCUCAUGGACGACAACGACUCGGAGAACAACCAGGAGUCCAUGCCCUCGCUCAGCUUCCGCCAGACCAUGUGGCGCGCCUUCGAGAACCCGCACACCAGCACCCUGGCCCUGGUCUUCUACUACGUGACUGGCUUCUUCAUCGCCGUCUCGGUCAUCACCAACGUGGUGGAGACGGUGCCCUGUGGCACGGUCCCCGGCAGCAAGGAGCUGCCGUGCGGCGAGCGCUACUCGGUGGCCUUCUUCUGCCUGGACACGGCCUGCGUCAUGAUCUUCACGGUGGAGUACCUCCUCCGGCUCUUCGCGGCGCCCAGCCGCUACCGCUUCAUCCGCAGCGUGAUGAGCAUCAUCGACGUGGUGGCCAUCAUGCCCUACUACAUCGGCCUGGUCAUGACCAACAACGAGGACGUGUCCGGGGCCUUCGUCACGCUCCGGGUCUUCCGCGUCUUUCGGAUCUUCAAGUUCUCGCGCCACUCCCAGGGCCUGCGGAUCCUGGGCUACACCCUGAAGAGCUGCGCCUCGGAGCUGGGCUUUCUCCUCUUCUCCCUCACCAUGGCCAUCAUCAUCUUUGCCACUGUGAUGUUUUACGCCGAGAAGGGCUCCUCCGCCAGCAAGUUCACAAGCAUCCCAGCCUCUUUUUGGUACACCAUUGUCACCAUGACCACACUGGGAUAUGGAGACAUGGUGCCCAAGACAAUUGCAGGAAAGAUCUUCGGCUCCAUCUGCUCCCUGAGUGGUGUUCUGGUCAUUGCUCUGCCAGUCCCUGUGAUUGUUUCCAACUUCAGCAGGAUUUACCACCAGAAUCAGAGAGCCGAUAAACGCAGGGCACAAAAGAAGGCCCGCCUUGCCAGGAUCCGUGUGGCCAAAACAGGAAGUUCCAAUGCUUACCUGCACAGCAAGCGCAACGGGCUCCUCAAUGAGGCUCUGGAACUGGCGGGCACCCCAGAAGAGGAGCACGUGGGCAAGACCACAUCGCUCAUCGAGAGCCAGCACCACCACCUGCUGCACUGCCUGGAAAAGACCACUGGGUUGUCCUAUCUUGUGGAUGAUCCCCUGUUAUCUGUACGAACCUCCACCAUCAAGAACCAUGAGUUUAUUGAUGAGCAGAUGUUUGAGCAGAACUGCAUGGAGAGCUCAAUGCAGAACUACCCAUCCACAAGAAGUCCCUCACUGUCCAGCCACCCAGGCCUCACAACCACCUGCUGCUCCCGUCGUAAUAAGAAGACCACACACCUUCCCAAUUCUAACCUGCCAGCAACUCGCCUACGCAGCAUGCAAGAGCUCAGUACGAUCCACAUCCAGGGCAGUGAGCAGCCCUCCCUCACUACCAGUCGCUCCAGCCUUAAUUUGAAAGCAGAUGACGGACUGAGACCAAACUGCAAAACAUCCCAGAUCACCACAGCCAUCAUCAGCAUCCCCACUCCCCCAGCGCUAACCCCAGAGGGGGAAAGUCGGCCACCCCCUGCCAGCCCGGGCCCCAACACGAACAUUCCUUCCAUAGCCAGCAAUGUUGUCAAGGUCUCUGCCUUGUAAAACCACUGGACAGAAAGCCACAUGGGGUAGAGGGAGUGAAGGGGGCUGGCAUGUUGGUGGGUGGCCAGUGGGACCACUCCCUCCCCCAUUCUCCACUAUUUCUGCCUGCCCCAUUGCACCCCUAGCACUGAGAAGGAAAAAGAGGCAGCAAGGGGCACCCAUGGUCCCCACUGCUGACCUGGACAUAGCCCUGUGAUACUGCAUCUCACUGGGGCCAGAGAAAGGGAGGGAGGGGAAGGGUAGGGGACGGGCGGUGGGGGGAUAGGCUGCCUGUCAAGGCAGGUCCUGGAAGGGGAGCCUCAGACCAAAUGACAAUUGUUUCUGGAGUCCCCAGUGAGGAAACUAUAAGACCAAGAGCAGCAGAGGCCAAGAGGUCACAUGCAAAACAGGAAGAAAAUAUAACACUGUGUAUUUAAGCACCUUUUUCAAGGCUCUUAAUGGAUAAUAUUUAUUCAUGGGAAAAGGUGGAAAACAAAAACACCAACGGAUUUUUGUGAAAUGUUUUUCUCCAUGGACCCAACAUCUUUGAACCAAAACAAUGCAUUUUGUGAGGGUUUGUUUGUUUUUUGUUUUUUCCUUCCUUUUAUAGCAAAAGCUUUCAGGCUCUAAGUCAGUUAUAGCUGAGUUCUUUCUCCAUUCUCCCAGGUGGGUGAGGUCAACUGAGUCUGGGCCCUCAUUGCCCAGCUGACCUGCACAGAGCUGCCAACUGACCAUACAAUAACCCUAUGCUCUGUCUGUCCCUGUCUCCUUUGUCUCUGUACCUUUCUGCUUCCCCCUGGCUGUUUUUCUCUGAGUCCAACCAUCUGUCUCUACAUGGAUCCAGUGAUCCUGAGAUGUGCUAGUAAAGCCUUCUCUGUCACUGCCAAGUAUUACAGACUUGUGCCUGGGAGUUACAUCUGAGUGAAUGCAAAUUACAAAGAAGAAGGAAUGAAGCAAGAAUGGGGAGAGUUUCGGGAUGAGGCCAGUCCACCUAUGAACAAAGAUGUUUCCCUUGUCAUUGGAACCACUAGUAUUUGCAAUUGCUCUUUCUGGGGAAGAGAGGAAAUGGUCAGAUUUAUCACACUGAGAUCUUGAAAAAGGAAAAGCCAACUUCUGGGAAGCCAUCAUCUCUAGUGUACCUGUGAAGAGAGGACAGAAGACUCCAGGACUCACAGCUGCAGCCAUCCCUUUGGCACCUGGUGUCUAUUCUUCAUGUCAGGAUCCACCAUAAGUCCAUCAGGAGCUCUGCAAAAAGGCCCCAUGAGCAGUUUCUUCCAGAAAGGACAGCAUAAUGGACAAGAGUCUUCUGACUUACCUCCAGCCUGAGGCAACUCCCACAUAGAGGUGGCAGGUUAAUCCUGUGCCUCAUGAAAGAUGUUUCAAAGCAUGAAAUCAAAUUAGAGAUUCUUUCCUGGUCUGAAAGAUGCCUUGGGUCUGAAGCAUCUUCAGGCCUGAUCUCUGAAGAUAGCUGCAAUGGGGAAGAAGCUGAUUGCCUCCAUACCAAUGAGGGAAUGAAGAUUAUUUCUUGAAAACCUGGACAGCUUUUUUGUUCUAGUUUGCAUCCUGGUGGGGCUGGGAACAGCAUUUCUAGAAUCCUCCUAACCAUUUUCAUCACUUAAAGCAGAGCAGGUGGGCCUCAGGGUUAGUGACAAGCCCUUUCCUGCCCUCCUCAAUCCCCAGCUACCCUACUGCAGCCUCUGUAGCCUGGGCACUGAAAUGCACAAGCUUCCCCGGAACUCCUCAUCCAUUCUGUAGCUUGGAGUUUAACUGUUUAACUGUAGACCAAGAAUUUCUCUGCCCACCACAGUCAUCUAGAUGAGUUUCACCAGCUAGGAACCUAAAAACUCUCUCUGUGGGCUUCCUUCUGACCCCAGUUCAAACGACCCUGUAGGCAGAAGUCAAUGGAUUUUGAGGUAACCAGGAGGUAAGCAGAAGAUCAGAGGAGAGCCUUCUUUCAAUCCUCAUAUCCUUGUGCUUAUCCUCACUACCCAAUGAUAGUCCUUUCUCUGGGUCUGGCCUCAAGAAUUUCCCCUUAACAUGGGAAUGGGGUGGCUCCUGUCUUUGCAGCUUUGGUUUAAGAAAGCAGAAAAGUAUUACCAUACAACUAUGGAGGCAUAUGUGUGCAUACAACACACCACCAACCUAAACAUAUCUGAAAAUAAAUAAAUCCAACCAUGUCAUACACACAUCUCAUCAUGAAAGGCAGAGAACCAAGCCAGAUUCCCAUUUAGAAGGCAGGCAAAGGACUAAGAACUUUCUCUUGAAUCCAUGGAUAAUGGAACAAAGUAGGAAUUCCUAAGGACAUUAUACAUCCUAAAAACUGAAUGGGGUAAAGGAUUGAGAAGUAAAUAGGCACAAGGUUGCAUAUACAAAUUGCCUGUGUUUCAUUUAAGGUCAUUACAGUAUUAAGAAUAAUGACUGAUUUAACCAAGAAUCUACAUGUCACUUUUGAUACUACACCAAAGGGAGUAUGUUAGUGGUCCUUACAAAAUUAAUUUUAAUUGAUGUUCCAAUUCCCCAUGUUUUAUUGACCCUAAGGAAUUGAAUGUUUUAUGUUGCUUCAUUUUCAUUUCCAAAAUCCACAUCAUGACACUUCCUAAUGAUCAUUAGACCAUUCCCUUCAUUUCCACCUUUCUUUGCAGCAUUAGUCAGUGAUGGGUGACCCACCUUACCUCUAGUCCAAAGUUGUUAACCCAGGAAAAUGGCUCACCUACACAAUAGAAUAUAGCCAGGCUACACUGCUAAAGGGUAUUUUAAAAUAAACACACCAUCAAAAUGUACUGAAUCAGCUUAAUAAGUCUUAACUAUUGACUAGCAACUGAAAAACCAGGAAAUCAGUUUUCUGAAAACCAACAGCUUUUUGAUACAAUGAUGUUGAGCUUCUUUAGUUUGUGAACCACUGUAGCUUAAUAGAAAGUUCCCAAAAUCACUUUUCCCACUCAUGGUUUUUGAGGUAACCAGGAGGCAUUGAGGGCAGGAGGGUUUAAAAAAAAACACUACAUUCAAAUAUGUCAACUGAGUGGAAACAGAAAAUACAGUAGAGUAUAUCAAACCUAGAAGAGACUAGGUCUAAUUGAAUGAAUAUCUAAUUCAUUUUAUAGUAUAGAAAGAUGAGACCCAGAGAAAUGGAUUUGCUCGAGGCCAUGCAGUCAGUUAAUGACAGAAUUGGGACCAGAAGUGUAGUCCUUUGGCUAAUGCUUCCUGCCCCCCACCCCCCAACACACACAUUGCCUCCCAGAAGCAAUGCUUUGGAGAUGACCCAUGAAAGACUCCAUGCUAGAAUUAGAGAGUCUUGUAAAUAGAAAUACUUCUUGGACACAGCCCUUGGAAAUUCUCUGACAGUGCUAAUACAAAUUGUACUCUAGAAGUUACCAUUUCCUGGGUAGAACCAUCUAUGGACCACCAACUCUGACAGAAACAGAUAAUAGUCAAGGGUUUUUUUGAGUCAGAUGUCUUUUCUCAAUGAAGAGAAGGCUAGGAUGAUACCAUUUCAAAGCAUACCUUUCCUUAUGUUCCUGAUAACAAUGUCUAAAACCUUGAUUCAGAGAGAUGAAACAGACUCAUCCACGUUCAUAUGGCAAGUUAGUGGCAGAACCACAAUUCAAUUCAGGACCUAAACAUCUUGACCUGAGAUUUUUUUUUCUAUUUUAUAUUUAAAAAUAUAAGGCUUGCUUAUAUUUUUAAAACCUGGUUUUCAAGGGUGGUGAUUAGGGGAGAAAAUAUUUCAUUCAGAACCACCCUGAGGAAUCAGGACUUCUAGAAGCUAACUAUUAUUUUUCCCUAAUCCCCUAUUUUCCUAAGUAGUGUCAAGCUCAGGACUAAUUGUACAGAACCCUUUUCAAGAGACCAAUAGAUAUUCUCAAUGACAGCUGAACACAUUAGUCUACAAUAACACAGAAUUUAAAAAGAAAGUGGUUAAUACUCAUCCAUGAUUAACCAAAACCACAUGUGGAUAUGCUGAGGACUUUAUCCAGGUUUUUUUCCUGCAGUUCAGGAUUAUGUCAAGUAGGGAAUGUAUACAUUAAAACAUUAUAUACCUAGAUUUUUUUUCGGUCUUUUUAAAAUUUUGCACAGUAGUUGUUGAAAUUGAGCUAACACUAGAAUUGAGGUUAUUAAUGAAUUUCAGGCAUUUACCCCCCUCACUUUAAUUACCAGGUAACAUAAGACAGAAGGAUCCCAACACUGUUAAUUUAAGACAAUAUUAGUAUCCCUCUAUACUAGUCAGCAUGGUUACCAUGAUAACAGAAACCUGAGAAACUUUAAUUUUUCCCUUUUUGGUUUCCUAAUGAAUUCUUGUUAUUUGCAAAGCUUUAAAAUGAUUGGAUGAAGAAAAAAUACUGUUUUGACCCAUGACCCUUGGAGUGUUUCCCAAACGGAAUCAUGAAGAGCAUCAUUAGAACUAAAAGAAAGUGGCUAUCAGAAAAUGAAAGCAGCUUUAAAGGGAUUUCUUAUAAGUCUUGUUUUCUAUUUAGGAUGUUCUACGUUUUUUCUCAUCAAAUGUGGGAAUGACAUUAUCUUAGCAGGUUACUUUACUACACUGGCUGAUAUCAAUCACUCUAACCAGUGUAGGGCACUGACCCAAGUCCUGGGGGUGGGGGUGGGAGGCCCUCGGACCAAUGGACUAUUUUACAAACCUGGGAGGUGGGAGGGAUGGUCUAUUUUUGAUAAUCAGACAUUCCAGUAUGUUUUCCUUAGAGGUCACAUUCUCCCAUUGUUAUUGUGAAAAACAUCAAUUGUGAUUUUUUUUUCUAUUUUCGUAUAAUAAAUGAGCUUUGCUUAAACAACAUCACAUAGCAAAGAAAUAUACUGUACAAAACUGCAGGAAGAUAAACGUGAAAACUUUCUAUGGGAAAAUGACUCUUGAGUUUCCUGUCGUCUUCUUUUGAAACUGUAGUGCAUAUGUUACAACAUGUAUAUCAUUUACAGUAUUGAGUCGUGUGCCACUGCUAUACCUGAUGUAUCCAAAUCUGGAUUAAACUAUGUGCCACAAACCCUGA